CACGCCCCGGACGAGGUCCGGAGUGUGACGCGGGAAACAACGCGCCAGGCCCUCAUGAAGAAGUUAGGAUCAACUAUGCGAAGUGGUCUCAAGAAGCAAGCUCCUGGCCCCAAGGGAAGGGGGAAGCGUGCUCCCAGCAGCAUCCAGGCCAAGCCUUCUGCCCCUGAUGGUCGCUGGUGUAUUGCCUGUGCAAGGGUGAUCCCUGAGUUUCCUGAGACUCCAGCAGGCCUUGCCAGGCGGCAUGAAGAGAUGCAGGACUCUGUCUCCCCAUACCACCUGUUCAGAGACUCAGCUGAGGUCACAAUCUUCCGGGGGAGUCUGCUGAGCUGGUACGACCGAGAGAAGCGGGACCUACCCUGGAGAAGGCGGGCAGGGGAUGAGGUGGACCUGGACAGGCGGGCAUAUGCUGUGUGGGUCUCAGAGGUCAUGUUGCAGCAGACCCAAGUUGCCACCGUGAUUGACUACUAUACCCGAUGGAUGCAGAAGUGGCCAACGCUGCAGGACCUGGCUAGUGCUUCCCUGGAGGAGGUGAACCAGCUCUGGGCUGGCCUGGGCUAUUACUCCCGAGGUCGGCGACUUCAGGAAGGAGCCCGGAAGGUGGUAGAGGAGUUAGGGGGCCACAUGCCACGUACAGCAGAGACCUUGGAGCGGCUCCUGCCUGGCGUGGGACGGUACACAGCCAGAGCCAUUGCUUCCAUAGCUUUCGGCCAGGCAACUGGAGUGGUGGAUGGGAAUGUAGUCCGGGUGCUGUGCCGUGUCCGAGCCAUCGGUGCUGAUCCCAGCAGCUCCCUUGUCUCCCAGCAGCUCUGGAGCCUAGCAGAGCAGCUGGUGGAUCCAGCCCGGCCAGGGGACUUUAACCAGGCAGCCAUGGAGCUUGGGGCCACUGUGUGCACCCCACAACGCCCACUCUGCAGCCAAUGCCCUGUGCAGAGGCUCUGCCGGGCAUACCAGAGGGUGGAAAAGGAGCGACUCUCAACCUCACCGUGUCUACCAGGCAGUCUUGAUAUAGAGGAGUGUGCUCCCAGCACUGGACAGUGCCAGCUGUGUGCACCUCCAACAGAACCCUGGGACCAGGCCCUGGGAGUAGCCAAUUUUCCCAGAAAGGCCAAUCGCAGACCCCCCAGGGAGGAAUGUUCUGCCACUUGUGUUUUGGAGCAGCCCAGGGCCCCUGGGGGUGCUCGAAUUCUGCUGGUGCAAAGGCCCAAUUCAGGUCUGUUGGCAGGAUUGUGGGAGUUCCCAUCAGUGACAGGAGAGCCCUCAGGGCAGCAUCUUCACAAGGCCCUGCUGCAGAAACUGCAAAGUUGGGCCGGACCCCUCCCAGCCACCCGUCUCCAAUACAUUGGGCAGGUGGUCCAUACCUUCUCUCACAUCAAGCUGACAUACCAAGUGUACGGUCUGGCCCUGGAUAGGCAGAACCCAGUAACCAUCACACCACCUGGUGCUCGCUGGCUGACCCGGGACGAGUUUCACACGGCAGCUGUCUCCACCGCCAUGAAGAAGGUGUUUCGCGUGUACGAGGGCCGCCAGCCAGGGACCUGCAAGGGUUCCAAAAGAUCCCGGGCGUCCACUCCAUCGACCCGGAAGAAGCCCAGCCCAGGCCAGCAAGUUCUGGAUAGUUUCUUUCGGCCCCACGGCCCCACUGAAGCACCCAGCCUCAACAAUGUGGACCAGUGAUGCCUUUGCAAGACCCCAAGCCCUGAGACUCCCAUUUUUAAAUAAAGUGUCUAUGUUUGUAGUCAUUUUGGAGACUUUCCACCUUCACUCCUCAUCUCUGAGGGACCCAGAGAGUGCUUAAGUCCUGCUUAGUCCUGCCAUCCACUGGCUGAGCUCCCACCAGCCUGGACAAAUGGAGGAGGAGGUGUUUUGUCCACAGUAAUUGUCUGGCCCCAGCCCCCAGGAGAGAGGGAGAAGGCAGCUGCAGGGAGCCCUUGCCAGAGGCUGACACCCAACACCCUUGUGGAGGUCUGUGGCUGCUCUGAUGGGAGCUGUGCUGUCACCCUAGAGCAGGUGGUUGGGCUCAACCCUGGCCCAGACCUUCCCACCUGCAAUGGCUGCUCCCUAUGGAGAGGGGAAACACAGGUGAGGGUUUGUUCUGUCUUAAAUUUCUACCUCAAAUAGAAAACUGUUUAUUUAGAAGUACAUUACAUAAAGAGUGAAAUACAUAAAAGCAGGGGGUUAAUCAUAAAAUUGGGGGUGGGGUGAAGAGAAAUGGAAUUAGAAAUAAGGACGCUUCAAAAGCAUUGAUUAGGAUCUAGUU